GGCCCUGAUCCUCCUGCCAAUGUUGAUGGCCCCAAUGAAGAUGAGGAGGACGAGGAGAAGGAGGGGUAUGCCGCCGCUGUCGCUGCUGGCGGCGGCGGCGGCAGCGAGGAGGAGGAAGUGUCAGGCGGGACCGGGGAGCUGCUGAGGGGGCUGCCGCUGACGGCCUGGCUGGACCACCUCAUGCAGCCGCAUGUGGCAGGGGUGCUGCUGGGUAUCGUGUCGGAGGCGGCGGGCGUGCAGGCGCUGCGGCACACCUACCAGCUGGUGCAGACGGCCCUGCAGCAGGAGAUGGCGCUGCUGCCGCCCGCAGCAGCAACCUCCAGAGGGGCAGCGGCAGCAGCGAGGAAGAAGAAGGGGAAGAGCGGCAGACGGGGAGGAGGAGGAGGAGGAGGAGGGCGGAGGGGGCCCCCGAGUGAUGGGGCGGGUGAGCCGGCGGAUGCGGUUGCGGGUGAGGCUGCGGUGGGGGAGAAGGCGGAGGUAGCGGAGGCGGUGGAGGUGCCGGAGGCCCGAGGGCGGAAGAAAGAGGCAAAGGCGGAGACGUCAGUCGCUGCUGCCGGGCCCAGUGGCAAUGGAGAAGGAGCAGGUGGAACAGGAGGAGCAGGUGGAGGAGGGGAGCCGCUGGCGGUGCUGCUGCCGCCCGCGGAGGACAGUGCGGCUGCCUUCCAGGGCAUGCAGCGACUCACCGGGAAGCAGGGUCGGGGCAACCCCGCGCCAGCGCCGGCACCGCAAGAACGGCAGGCGCAAGCUGGUGAGGAGGGGCAGCGGGAGGGAGAGGGACAAGCAGGGACUGCAGCACCCGCAGCAGGGCACCCGCCCCCCUCGGCCGGCCCUGUCCGGCCGCCCUCGGGGCACCUUUGGUUGCCGCUGCGGCAGGUGUGGAGCGGAAACAGUGUGAUGGUGAAGCUGAUUGCGCCGGAGAACCGCACCCGGGAGUUUGGGGAGGAGGAGGAGGACGGGCCGCUCAACAUUGAUGUGCAGUAUGUGGCGCUGCGGGGGGUGACGGUGGCCCUGAGGCCGCCGCUGCAGCUGCUGUGAGCCCGGAUGCGAUGUGGUUUGGGGGACAGAGGAAAUAGGAGGAGUCAGCAUGCGCUUGUCUCGCGGGCGCCGGCUAUUGCUGGUGUGUUGUGUGUUGUUUGCUUGGAAGGAAGCGAGGACAGCCAAAGCACGGUCAGCUGACGUGUGCAUUUCAGGUAUGGUUCUUGCGAGCGCCAUUUUUCUUUCAAGCUUUCGGUGGUUUCUUGAGGUGCAACAAUGCGG